AUGGAAACAUCUCCGUCCUCGGGUAUCUCUAUCCUCAUCUCUGGAGGCGGACUUGCCGGACUUGCUUGCGCAAUUGAAAGCCACCGCAAGGGACACAAGGUGCGCGUUCUUGAGAGGCGACCCGACUUCAAUGAACAUGGAGGGAUGAUCAACAUGGGAUCGAGCGCGUUGCACACGCCUGAAAAAUGGCCUGGCUUCAUUGAACAAGUAAGAAAGCAUUGCUAUAAACCCACGUGCCAGUUCUACAGGUACAAUGGUGACUUUAUGGGCGAAUUCACUACUGGUGAGCCCGGAUAUCCAUCUCUACCAACUACUCGUGGGGUGCUCCAACGUGACCUCUACGCGUAUGCAAUGGAAUUAGGUAUUCCAGUCGAAUUUGGCGUCCGCGUGGUGCAGUACCGCGAGACGCACGACAAAGGGAGUGUGGUCACUUCUGGUGGGCGCGAGAUUGAGGCCGAUCUUGUCAUCGCUGCAGACGGCGUAGGAUCGAAAUCCUGGAGUCUUGUGACCGGCCGGAAUGAUCCUCCAGCUAGCAGUGGCUACGCCAUCUAUCGAGCCACCAUACCCCUUGCGGCUGCUCUAGAGAAUCCGAUUAUCGCGAAGGAAUUGGAGGGAUCCAAGACCAGAAUCUCCCUUCACUUGGGCCCUGAUGUUCACGUCGUGAUCGGGAAGACCGAGACUGACGUCAGUUGGUACAUAACCUUCAAGACUGAUCCGUCGAAAGACCAGGGUGCCACUGUACCGGUGGACGAGGCUGUAAAGCACAUACAGGGCUGGGCACCCUUCCUUACCGAGCUUGUCAACUUCACUCCGGACAAGGUUGCUCUUAUUUGGAGGAUUCUGUGGCGCAACCCGCAAUCCCAGUGGUACUCCCCUAACUGCCGGGUUCUCCAAAUCGGAGAUGCGGCUCACGCAUUCCUCCCAACGUCCAAUAGCGGCGCAACCAUGGCCUGGGAAGAUGCCUUUUCCAUCGCCGCGUGCCUUGAUAUCAGCGGGAAGAGCAACAUUCCACAGGCUGUCAAAGUGCACACUCUUCUCAGAUUCGAGCGCACAGCUUGUGCCCAAAAGACGGGUUUCAAAAACCGGGAGCGCUGGCAUAAAAAGGAAUGGGACAUGGCUGAAGACCAGUCAGACAUUGACCGGAUCGUAGGAAAGUGGAUUUUCAAACACGAUGCGGAGCAGUAUGUUUACGAGAACUACGAAAAGGCGGUAGAGAGCCUGGCGAACGGAACGCCGUUCAAGAACACAAACUCGGUUCCCGGUUACACCUAUGAGCCUUGGGACAUCAUCCAGCUCACUGAAGCCUCUCAGCGAGACCCUGAGGCAAUCAAAAAAGUUUACGGCAUCGGAAGUAGCUACCUCAAGUCGGACUUCUAUGACUCCUUCGACACUCCAUACGACGGGAAAGCUAUGGCCAGCAUGUUCUCAACACGGUCGCCAGCGGAACACAAGCACCUAAAGACGGCUGUCGCCUCCAAGUUCUCUUUGACGUCACUGCGGGAUAUGGAACCUUUCGUUGACGAGUGCUCGGACAUCUUCCUGGACGCCAUGCGAGACCUGGCCGGCACACCCGUCGACCUCGGAGAGUGGCUGCAAUGGUAUGCAUUCGACGUCAUCGGGGCCAUCACAUUCCGACAGCGCUUCGGUUUCAUGGAGAAGCGCCAGGACGUGGAGAACAUGAUCUCCGGUAUAGAGACGGGCCUGUGGUACGGAGCCCUCGUUGGCCAGGUCCCGGGACUUCAUGCGUUGCUGCUUGGCCAGCAGUGGGUGAUGAACUUGCUGGACCGAGUCCCUGCUCUUCAAGCAGUUCAUCCUAUUCCAAAGAUAACCAGAGUUCUUAAGGACGCCAUCGAGAAAUAUGAUGGAACCCGCGAUGAAGGCGGCGCACAAGAUUUUCUAGCCCAGUUUCGAAGCGAGCAGGUCAAGAACGAAUCCCGAAUGAGUCAAAGAGACCUAAUUAACCACCUGAUGAACAAUUUGCAAAAGCUACUCGCAGAACUUGCAGAAGCUGAACAAGAGGGGAGACUUUCGGAGAAUGUUACUCUGGAGGAGAGCCUGAAGCUUCCCUAUUUGCAAGCUGUGAUGAAAGAGGCCAUGCGAAUGCACCCUGGCGUUGGGUUUCCCUUAGAGCGAGUCGUACCGGCGCAGGGCGACACGCUCUGCGGCAUUGACAUUCCAGGAGGUACGGUUGUCGGAAUCAACGCAUGGGUUAUCCACCACGACCGUACCGUCUUCGGGGACGAUGCCGACGUCUUCCGCCCUGAACGGUGGCUUGAGGCACCGCCUGAGCAGUUGAGAUUCAUGGAGCGUUGUUUCCUUUCCGUGAGUAGGAACAUUACCAACUCAUCUACGAGCAAGUGA